UGAACUCCUGUCUCUCCAGAACUCUCUUCAGCAUUCAUUCAUCCCUGCAGAUAAACUCCAGCAAUACAUAGAAAUCUCUCAGAAUCAUAAACUUUAGACUCCAAGAUGAUAUUGCUGUUCUUCUUGUUUGGUCUCUCUCUGGCUGCUGUGGCUCCUUCAGACAAACAGGAGAUGAAGCUCCAGCGGGGCGGCUGUCCCCCGUUCUGGUUCAGCUUCAAUGGCCGCUGCUACAAGUACGUCGCCACCUUGAAGACCUGGGCUGAUGCAGAGCAGCACUGUGUGAACCAAGGAGCCAACCUGGUGUCCAUCCACAGUCUGGAAGAAGAGAACUUUGUCAAACUGCUGAUCAAAAACUUUGAUCCCACUCAGGGAGUCAACUGGAUCGGACUCUCUGACGCUCAGAAGGAUGGAACAUAUUUCUGGUCUGACGGGUCUACUUUCAACUUUAACUUUUGGAACACAGGAGAGCCAAAUAACGCAGGAGGAUCAGAACCGUGUGUGCACACAAAUUCGGGCCCGGCCAGAAAAUGGAACGAUAAAGUGUGCACAGAUGCACACUCUUUUGUUUGUAAACUUCGUCCAUAUUGUCAAUGACUGCUGAGAAUUAAAUUCUGAAUCUGAUCAGAAGUGAUCAAGCUAGACAUGAGAAAUGAAACAUGGCAAAUUUUCUUUACUUAUUUUUUCAAUUUGAUUUUUUGUUUAUCAUUCUAAGUCUUUUUUUAUGAUGCUUUAAUUUAAAUGUGUUGACCAGAAAAUAUUAAUACAAAGGUUUAAGAUAAAAAAAAAAAAGGUGUAGCUUUUUAAACAACAUUUUAUUGUGAAGUAUGAAAAUUAUUUUCUUCUUGAUUUAAUGAAAAACAAUAAAUUUGCUCCUUAAAACUCCUUAAAAUGAGUUUCUGGUGAAACAAUCUUCUUUCGCAUGUUAGAAAGUCAAUCUGUCUUUUUAUGAAACAACUUUCAUGUAAUGGGCUGUAGAUCAGAUGCAUUUAAGUGCAUCACUAAGUUUUAUUCUGUUUUUAAUAGUCUAUGUUAAAUAAACAAAUUACUGUCAAUGCUUUGUGAAGUACUUUCGUUCACUUGCUUUAAAUGUGCUACUGUUGAGGCGCUUAUCAAGCUCAAAUACAUUCAUAUGCUUUCACACACUGCAUUCUCAUAUUCUCACACAAAGGCCCUUUGUAAUUGUAACAUCUAUAGAAACUCCUCAGACUCCCGUCUCCCAGGAAAUAGAAACUUAGUUGAUAAAAUGACGUAAGACAUCAGAUGACCACCAGGUGCAUCCGUAGUAUAGUAAACGAAUCUUCCCGUUUUUGAUCAGAUGCUGUAUAGACUCGGUCACAUUCACACCUAGUCUGUAAGGGUAAGCGUCUCCUUUUUUAGCGCUAAAAAAGAAUAAAAUAAGUAAAGUCUGAUUACUUGUACUGGCUGAUUUUCUGCUCUGUGUGCGGUACAUUUUUGAUCCAUUUUCAACAAUUGGUAGCAGAGGAUGGUUUUGUGCUGAGACACGAGCAGAGAUUGAACAGGCCGUUCCGGCGCAGCCUGACGGAGGCAGUGUUCUGGUGUUGGGCCCACAUAAAAGGUGAGGAAAAUUUUCCUUAAUAAACACCAUAGCAUUGUUUCUGUUGGACUGUCUAAAUUCCAGAAAUCAGCAGUGGAUGGUGUUGCAUUCUUCUUAAACCUCUGAAUUCCAGCUAUCGAUUGCUGUUAUAUUGUGUGUUGAGUUGUCUGAACUGGUCAACCAUUGUUCGAUUGUCAGCUGUUGUUCGUACUGCUUUUGAUUUGUUUGUCUAAAGGCUUUCGAGUUAUUCAUAGGAGUAAAGAAAUAAAGAUUGAUUGAUUGAUUGAUAAGGUUAAAGUUACUUAAAAAACAGUUAAUAGUCAAAGUAAAAGGUCGAUUGGCUCUGUAGUGAGAACUGGUCGUCUCCGACUUUUCCUGGACGCGGGAAAAGGAAAGACUAGGUUUUGUCGGUUCUAUCCUUGGGGAGUGCUGCCCCCUAAAAGAACGCGUUAGCCAAUCUGUGACUUGCUCAAAAAACACAAAAGUGUUGAGAGGGGUCCACCAUAGGAAAAAAGAUAAGAGAAUAAGAUAAAGGAUGAUCGCGAUCUGUUCCUCUACAGAGAAAUAAGCGAAGAAAAUAAGUGAAAAUAAAAAGAGGACAUCAUAGGAGCUGAAAAGCGUGGAUCCAUUUCUGUGUAUGUGUCAGCUGUGUGUAUGUAAACGUCUGCCGCUGAGCAGACUUUGCGUGUUUAAAUGUACUCUCCUUCGUUUAUGGCAAUGUCUUUUAAAACCAUGGUAAACAUUCGGGAAUUAUAAUCUGUGGGAAGUUUCUUUAUUUCAUCUGUGGUCUUUGAUUUUCUCGCCGCCGCGCGAGAAAAAUCUUUCUGCUGUGUGUAAUUUCCUCGCCGCUGUGCGAGCAAAAAAAAAAAAAAGGGAGACAGAGGCUCGCCGCAGUGCGAGGCAGUAAAAAAAGGCAGAAAAGAGGAGAGGUGAUCUCUGGGUUUGAAUAUGGCGCAGGAGGUCGACAGGGAGAAAUAUGAUCCAAAGUGGGGCAUCGGGUCAUGAAUUGCGCUCAGUGAGCAAAUAGAUGAAGUAAUAACUUAUCUGGGGGAACAUGACGAAUUCCAAACGGACGGGGACGGACAAAAAAUACAAAAUAAAUUAAAAGGUCUGGUUGAAAUGGGUGGAGGCGAUUUGCUAAGCAGACAGCCCCUGGGGAAACAUUUGUUGCAGGGAAUCAACAAUUCUAAAAAACAUUUGAUAGACACUAUGCAAAAAAGAAGGAGAAGCAGGAGUUUUCACUAAAAGAAGCUGUAAAACAAACAAGCAGAAUGCUGAGAGAGAACUCAGGCAGAGGGAAGAACUUUUGGUUUUCUGGCAGGGACUUUCACAUGCAUUUGAACACAAAAAACAAAAAGUUGCCACUAGCUCUGAACACACAAACAUAAGUACAGACAAUUCACUUCCUCCACCAUAUAGUGGAGACGAAACUCGGCCUUCCCAGGGCAUUUAUCACAUAGUUAACAUUACACAGGGAAUUUUAGCAGUCGAGGGGGAGACAGCUACCCCACAAAACGCUCCCGAAGUCCACACUGGGACUGAAACCCCGAACUGGACUAUAUUAGAUCAGACCCCGUCCACACCAAAUCCCAUGGCUUGGUCUCAGUUAAAUGACACCUUUGUCAGAUCUGCUCAGAGGUUGCAGAACCUGUGUGACAGAGCAGAACAGAUGGAGAGAGGAGAGAUAAAAUCUAAUUCAGCCAAAAACGUUCAAAUUAAAAUGCAUGCGAAUGGAACGUGGGUUUCAGAGGAGAACCUUACAGAUAAAACUGAUGAACUGAGAGAGGUCUAUCACAUCUCGUGCCCUCUAGAGAGCAUGCGUGGCUUAGGCCUUCACACAGCAGAAGGACAGCACGCCCUGGUUGGGAGCAACACAGGGACUUAUCCUCUUUUGAAAACCAGUACUGGGGGUCAGAAAUAUGUUCCCUUUCCUCUAGGUGACAGGGAUGCAAUAGUCGAUAAACUGCCCAGCAUUAAAGCUGGUGGGAGUCUUUGGUUGGCAGAGUUAGACCUGCUGACCUCUGGAAUGACUCUAGCACUGGGAGAUUUCAGAGCAAUAAUGAGCAGAGCUAUGUCUGGCAUGGUUAUGAGAGACAUAGAACACGCAGCAGGGACCCAAAAUGUAAGUAAUUCUACUCCAGCACAUCAAUUCAUCACACCUUUGGCACGGGAAAUAAAAAGGCAGUUUCCACUGGCCACAAUCACUCCCAUCACCAGGUUUGAAUGGGAUUACAGCAUGGAUCCUAAAGAAUACAUAAAUAAAACUGCAGAAACCUGGCUCGGACAAACUACAAUUAAUCCAAAAGGCCCACACUCAAACUUAACUGAAAUGUUUAGAGAGGCAAUCUUGAAAGGUGUUCCUGAACAGGUUGUACAAUCUAUGAGAAAUAAUCCAGAUUUAACAAGGUGCGAGUACGUCAGAUGGGAGAGGCAUCUGCUUCAUCACUUAUUAAAGGCACAAGAUGAGUUGAAGAAAAAGCAGUCUGACACUAAGGAUUUAGAAAUUCAACUGUUGAAGCUCCAAUUGCAGGAAGCAAAACAAAAAUUGAAUAAGAAGACAGAUAAAAAAGAACAUGUGAUGGUUGUGGCUGUAGGUGCUGCAGCCCACACACAAAAUGCAACUUCCUGGCAAAACACUAAUCAGAUUGGGGGAGGACUGGUUCCUCUUUCUGUUUUUUCUGUUUUAUAUCCUCAAAACAGGUACAGAGCGUUUCCUCGUGGACGGGGAAGGCGUUUGGCCGGUCACGGGGGCAGUGCUCCGUGGAGGGGUCGUGGGGCGCGGAUCAGGGGACCACAGCAGGAGGACAUAUGCUACCGAUGUGGACGUGUUGGACACUGGGCAAAACAUUGCUGGGCCAUACCAAAUCACGGGGAACCAGGUAUGAUCCCCCACAAUCCCAAUGUUAUACCUGGACAGUCUUUUCAGGGGAAUAACGAGCCCACACAGAACAUGUAGUGACACGCCCCUGGAGACCCACAGCCCAGCAUGGGAACUGCAGACCCCAUGCUGUCAGCAACACGGGAGGGGAGAGAAACACACUUCCUGGUGGACACAGGUGCUACACACAGCACAUUGAACUUUGUUUCUCCCCUCAGUUUGACGUCACAAACUGUAUCUUUAACUGGGUUCUCAGGGACUGAACAGAGUCUGCCUUUCACUAAGCCUCUGACCUUCACACUGGGCAAUCAGCACCUGCAACAUUCUUUUGUCAGCUCGAGCUCUCCCACAACUCCCGUCAAUUUGCUAGGAAGAGACUUACUGAUAAAACUGGGAGCAACAAUUAUGUGCUCUGUGAAUGGAUUAAUUGUUUCAUUUCCCGAUGGCACGUCCCUCCCUUGUGCAAACUUUCACACGGAUGGACAAUUUCUCAUGCAGCCAGUUGUUUCUGAGUAUGCAGACAUAUAUUGGGGCCUUUUAACGAACUUACCCUCCAGCCGUCUAAUGUCAACGUUUGUGGACUGGAAACCUUGGCUCCUGUGUCUGUGCUCCUACGUCUCUCCUCCGGAUCCCCCCCCACGUGACCCUGUUCUACGACAGAGACGUCUCUGAAUGGUACCAGGAACCUUUCCUUUCCACUUUGGAGGAAACAACCUGGGAGGUAAAAAUCUCAGAUAUUCAUGUAGCUCCAGUUGGUGUAGCUGCUGCUGUCUCUUUCACAGAAACACAGUCAGAAUGUUAUCAAAUAUCUGAUGAAGCUGUGCCUCACAUCUCUCUCUGUUUGCACCCUGAGCACCAAGCAAAAGAAUUGGGCCCAAUGAUGAAACGCUCCCUGGCAGCCACAGAUUGGAUUGCGACAGCAGUGCCAGGUUUGUCUUUCUCCCCUUCUCUUGACACAUAUAAGAUCAGCUUUUCAGGGUCUGAAACAGUGGAGCUACAUCAUGAACAGGUGUCCAGACAUCACGGUAGGGAAAAAUCAGACCACCCUUUAGCGGCUCAAUUAAUCACAUCCAUGCCCACAUCUCUCUGGGCGGAAACGCCUACAGAUGUGGGGCUUGCUUCCUGUUCUCCUAUUUCAUUUCAGGUGGACUCUGAGAGACCCCUCUGGAUUCCUCAGUAUCCACACAAACCCGCAGCUGAACAGGGCAUCGCAGAGACAAUAACAGGACUGAUUGAGGCUGGAGUGCUGGAACCCUCAAAGUCUGACUGGAACACACCCAUUUUGCCAGUGCAGAAAAAAGGUACUGCCAAAUACAGAAUGGCUCAUGACCUGAGAGCAGUAAAUGCAGUUCUGAAAACAAAAACGGUGGCAGUUCCGAAUCCAUAUGUAUCCAUUGCUGCUUUGACUCCUAGCCAGCAGUGGUAUAGCUGUAUUGAUCUGGCAAAUGCAUUUUUCUGUGUCCCACUAGCUGAAAGCUGCAGGGACUACUUUUCAUUCACUUUCAGGGGAGAACAGUGGCGUUACACCAGGCUGCCACAAGGUUUCGCCCUGUCUCCAGGGCUGUUUAACCAGGUUCUGAAGGAUGUUUUGCAGGACUGUCCUCUCCCUCCACAAACGACCCUCAUCCAAUAUGUGGACGACCUUUUGCUGGCUGCCCCCACCGCGGAGACCUGCGUUAAAGCGACCUCCCUGGUUUUGCAGCACCUACAUCAGGCGGGUUUCAAGGUUAGUAAAAAUAAAUUGCAGAUUGCAAGAAAACAGGUUUCUUUUCUGGGCAGGAUAAUUUCUGCAGGCACAACUAGCAUGUCUCCUUCCCACAAGCAGUCCAUUCUGCAACAUCCUAAACCCUCCAAAGUUAAAGACAUGCUCUCUUUUCUGGGGUUAACUGGCUACAGCAGGAGCUACAUUCCCUCUUACACUGACCUGACUCAGUCUCUUCGGGCCUUGGUUAAAGAACAAGGCAUGCGAAAUCUGAACAAUCCCCUCAUUUGGACAACUGAGGCGGAACAAGCUUUUAUCUCAUUAAAGCAAAACAUGGCAUUGGCAGCGGAACUCUCCCUCCCAGAUUACACCUUGCCGUUUUUUCUUGAUGUUUCUGUAACAAAAAUGGCUGUUAACGGAGUUUUGUUCCAGAAAAAAGGGGGAGAGAGAAAAGUACUGAUGUACUUAUCUGUAAUGAUGGACAAUAUGGAAAAAAGGCAUCCCCCAUGUACGCAACAUGCAGCUGGGAUAGCCAAACUCAUACAAAAAACCGCACAUAUCGUCAUGGGACAUGCACUGCAAGUGUUAACUACACACAGCGUGGUGGCAUAUGUAAACUCACAGAGUUUCACCAUGACGGCGUUGAGACAACAAAGGCUUUCCAAAAUUCUGGAAGCUCCAAACAUUUCAUUCACUCAUGAAGGCAUAAAUAUGGCAGACUGUUUUGCAGACGGAGAACCACACGAGUGUGCAGAGUUGGUGGCAAAGUCAGAAAAGGUAAGACCAGACCUGGAAGCAACUCCCUUGAUUGGACCAGAGGUGAGACAGUUUUUCACAGAUGGUUGUUGUUACAGACACCAAACACAAGAACUAAGAGCUGGUUUUGCAGUAGUAGAAAGCACAAAAGCAGGCUUUCUCACAAGAAAAGCAGAAAGACUGGAAGGAACAGCAUCUGCACAGAGGGCAGAAAUAAAAGCAGUGGCGGAAGCGUUAAAGCUCGCACAAGGGUUACAGGCAAACAUAUACACAGAUUCAGCCUAUGUGGCGGGAACAGUCCAUGUGGAACUUUGCCAAUGGAUGAGAGGAGGAUUUUUGACUGCAAGUGGGCAGCCCAUAAAACAUGAGCGUGAGAUAAAAGAAUUGGCAGAAGCAUUACUGUUACCAGCAAGAGUAGCAGUCAUAAAAUGUAAAGGUCAUGACCUAUCAGACACAUUGGUUGCUAAAGGCAACCAGGCAGCCGACAGAGCAGCAAAAGUGGCUGCAGGAUACAAAGACUUCAUGAUGGUGUGUUCCUCGGAGGAGGAAUUACAUGACAAACUCACACUGGAGGAGGUGGUAAGAUGCCAAAAGGGGGUGCCACUUGAAGAGAAAAACAUGUGGAAGCAACGAGGUGCCACUGAAACAAAUGGAUGCUGGAGGGGCCCAGACGGCAGGUUAAUUCUGCCCCCUGGGAAAAAACAAGAGCUGCUUCUUGAAGCUCAUGGGGUUGGACAUGUGGGAACUAAACAGAUGAUGUAUAAUCUUAAAGACUGGUGGCAACCCCAAAUGAUCAACAUGGUGAAACAGUUUGUAAAUAAUUGUGAAAUGUGUGGACAGGUUAACCCUAAGAAAACUUUGAAGCCACAUCAGGGACAGUUUCUUCCACUCACAUGUCCAGGGAAAGAGGUUGUGUUGGAUUUCACUGACAUGAUAAACACGGUGCAAGGCAAAAAAUAUUUGUUGGUUUGUGUUGAUGCUUUCACAGGAUGGCCUGAAGCGUGGCCAGCAGCGAGAGAAGACAGUAAAACGGUCAUAAAAUGUCUGAUCAACCAUUACAUCCCCAGGCACGGUUUUCCAGAAAAAAAAAAAAAAAAAAAAAA